GUAAACACACACUAACUGCAUUAGCUAGUUGCAAGUUAGCAGUUAGCUGGAAGACGGUAGUGUGGUCGUGUCUCGGGUGAAUGUUCUAGUAGUGGACGGAGCAGUGAUGUCUUCAGUUCAGUAUUUGAGAGAGUUUAUCAGCGAGCGACUAACAGCUGCUGCUGAGGAGAUAUUCACGGUCUUUGAAAAAACCAUCGUCCAGUACGAAGAAGAGGUCGAUCGUCAGCGCAGACUGCUGGAGACCGUUUUGAAACCUGAAAUAAAGCUGCACAGGAUCGAGCUCCCACAGCAGCAUGUCUGUAGGGAGGAGGGGGUUCUCACUGACCAGCAGCUCUGUCCCCAGGAGAGGAGCUCCAGUCUGGACCAAGAGGAACAAGAACCUCCACAGAUUAAAGAGGAACAGGAGGAAAUGUGCACCAGUCAGGAUGGAGAGCAGCUUGUACUGAAGCAGGAGACUGAAACCUGCAUGUUGACUCCUUAUUGUGGGGGGAGUGACCAUAGAGAACCAGAGGAUGAGCACCAGCUCCUCUCUCACAACUCUCCUGUAGCUGAGAGCCACGAUCAGAACAGAAGAAAACAUAUGGAUUCAGAAUCAACAGGAAAUGAUGAACCAAACCCACAGAAGAGUUUUCAUGAAAACAAAAGUUACAGUAACAAUCUGGACAACUGUCCCAAAUCAAAGAUUAACUCUAAUACUCACACAGGUAAAAAGUCUUUCAAAUGUGACGCUUGUGGAAAAACUUUUGUUUAUAAGUAUAAUUUGAAGAUUCAUCUGAGAACACACACUGGUGAAAAACCGUAUUUAUGCAUAAUAUGUCAGAAAAGGUUUGUGAAAAGUAGUGAUCUGAAAGUUCAUGUGAGAAUUCACACUGGUGAGAAGCCAUAUUCUUGCCAAAUAUGUGGGAAAGAGUUUGGACGCAGGGAUCAAUGGAGAGUCCACAUGAGAAUUCACACUGGUGAGAAGCCACAUUGUUGCCAAACAUGUGGUAAAUGUUUUGUAAGAAGUAGUACAUUGAAAGUCCACAUGAGAAUUCACACUGGUGAGAAGCCAUACUGUUGCCUAACAUGUGGUCAAUGUUUUGUAAGUAGUAGUAAAUUGAAACUCCACAUGACAAUUCACACUGGUGAGAAUCCAUAUUCCUGCUAAACAUGUGGGUAGGGGUUUCGACGUCAUGAUAGAUUGAGAAUCCAUAUGCGAAUUUACACAGGUGAGAUGUCAUAUUCUUGCAAAGUAUGUCAGAAAUCUUUCCUGAAAAUGGUAAUUUGAAAGUCCAUAUGAGAAUUCACACUGGUGAGAAGCCAUAUUCUUUCCAAACAUGUGGGAAAGAGUUUGGACGUAGUGAUGAAUUGAAAUUCCACAUUAGAAUUCACCGUUGAGAAGCCACAUUCUUAUGAAACAUUUAUGCAAUGUUUUUGAACUAGAUGAAAUUCUAUCGCACUAUGGGGUAAAGAUAUUAUUUUACAUAUUAGGAAAUCAUACAAGAUGAAUUUGUCUUUUAAAUUUAUGUUGGAGUAGUUUGGGUUACAUCCAAAUGAUCGACAUAUUUUGCCUUCAAAUGUGAAACAAACUGUUGUAGUAUAAGUAUUGGCUCUAUGAAAUGUACCACAUUAAGAAACUUGUAUUUUAUUAACUAGAAUAUUUCUUUCAAUGUUUGUUCCUCAAACUGAUGUUCAAGAUUGGAUGUUUUACAACUAAUAAAAUCUCAUUGUAAAUUC